UUUCACAAGACUGUUGCAACCCAAACACAGCAAAUUAUGGGACCAGGAUCCAAAGUUCAGUGAAUUUAAAGACGCAGAAGAGGAAGAGACUGAGGGGAUUUUGGGGAGAUUUCUUUGUGGACUGUUAAGCUGACUCUUGUCACAGACAGGGGAAAUGUCGAGUACAGCCAUGAAGAAGAAGGUGCUGCUGAUGGGAAAGAGUGGGUCAGGAAAGACCAGCAUGAGGUCAAUCAUUUUCGCCAAUUACAUCGCCAGAGACACCCGCCGCCUCGGAGCCACAAUCGACGUGGAGCACUCGCAUGUGCGUUUCCUGGGCAAUCUUGUGCUGAACCUGUGGGACUGUGGAGGACAGGACACUUUCAUGGAGAACUACUUCACUAGUCAGAGAGACAAUAUCUUCCGAAACGUGGAGGUGCUGAUCUAUGUGUUUGACGUUGAGAGUCGAGAGCUGGAGAAAGACAUGCAUUAUUACCAGUCCUGUCUGGAGGCCAUCCUGCAGAAUUCACCCGACGCCAAGGUCUUCUGCCUGGUGCACAAAAUGGACCUGGUCCAGGAGGACCAGCGAGACCUGAUCUUUAAGGAGCGUGAGGAAGAUCUGAAGAGACUGUCACGCCCUCUGGCCUGCACUUGCUUCAGAACAUCCAUCUGGGACGAGACACUUUACAAGGCCUGGUCCAGCAUCGUCUAUCAGCUCAUCCCUAACGUGCAGCAGCUGGAGUCUAAUCUACGCAACUUCGCCCAGAUUAUUGAAGCUGACGAAGUUUUGCUCUUUGAGAGAGCCACCUUCCUGGUGAUCUCUCAUUAUCAGUGUAAGGAACAGCGGGAUGCUCAUCGGUUUGAGAAAAUCAGUAAUAUCAUUAAACAGUUUAAACUGAGCUGCAGUAAAUUAGCUGCCUCCUUCCAGAGCAUGGAGGUGCGGAACUCCAAUUUUGCGGCGUUCAUUGACGUCUUCACCUCCAACACUUACGUCAUGGUGAUAAUGUCCGACCCCUCCAUACCGUCCGCUGCCACCCUCAUCAACAUCCGCAACGCCAGGAAACACUUUGAGAAGCUGGAGCGAGUGGAUGGACCCAAACACAGCCUGCACAUGAGAAUGCGCUGAUCCACGCCCACUGACAAGGGCCUGCACACUGGAGGAAUCUCAUCCAUGGGACUUCUCCUGUCUGAUGAUGUCACUGUCUCCAGGGCUUUUCUACAGACUUUUCCACCCUGUGUUUACGAGCACCAGCUUUGCCCUCCCACUGUUUGGUUUCCCGGGAAAUGUUCACUGUUCAGAACCAGAGGGGUUGGUAUAGAGGAAGACUGUAUAGAGGAAGAACUGAACGAAUUCUUAAAGAUGACACGAGGCUCAGAGUUCCAGAGGAGAAACUGGGCAAAGAGGGAGGCCUUACGCUGUCCACCUCACUAAUGAUUUGGUGCCAUAGAGUACACACACACACACACACACACACACACACGCUCAGAGAAAACUAGUGGACAUGUUGGUUGUGUGCUUCUGUGAUUUCUGUGUUUCCCCUGCCUGUGUUGGUGAAGGAUUCUACUGUCUUGUUUAUGCUCAGCUUCAGCAGAAUGUUACAGAUGGCCAUAACUAAAGUCCUCUUGCCCGGUGAGCAGUGCUAAAAAUGGAAACCUGACUUCUUUCCCUCGUUUUCUACAGAAAGCUGUUUGUAUAUCCCUGUUCCUGUCCUGCUGAUGGCUAAGGUCACGAGGUUUAAUCAGAAUAAAACAUGUCC